CCUCACUCCCUUGGACUUUUCUUUCCACACGUGUCAUUCACGGAAACCAGUAAACAGACUCUUCCACUUUUGGCAUAAGGUCUAAUAGAUCUAAGAACCAUCUAUCCACUGAUCUGCAGCAUGCUUCCUUCUUGACGAGGGCUGCCCUCUCGACCAAAACGCUCUCCAUUCUACACCUCCAGUUCUCCCUACAUAAACCCGACCUCGGCCUACCACACCCCCCUUGACCACGUCAUGUCUGUCCCUCCAUCCCCGACGACAUCCAAGCCCUUUCAGCUGUCCAUCAAGUCGUUCUUUCAGCCACGUCGGCCAGAAUAUACUCCGCCUCCCUCUCAGCAACAUCGCCCUGCGGAAACUACGCCGUCUCGAGUCCCCGAACCUCCACCGCAGUCCGAUCCUGGACCCGUUCACGCUCCCACAGCCGCUCCCGUUCCCGUUCCCGUUCCCGAUACUGCUACUGCUACUGCUCCAGCUGCUGGCCCGGAUCCUUCACCACAUCCGCUCCCUUCUAUCCCUCCCGAAGCCGCCAUCCGGCCCUUGGCACCGGACGAUAUCCAACCCCUCAAACGCCUCAACGGCCUCCUCUUGCCCGUCACGUACCCCGAGGCCUUCUACACCACCGCCCUGACCUCCACCUUCUCCCGCGUCAUCACCUGGGCAGAUCCCAUCCCCAAAGUCGUUGGCGGCAUCAUCUGCCGCGUGGAGCCUUUCAUCAACAAAGACGGCAGCUACGAACAAGCCCUCUACAUCCAAUCCCUCGCCCUCCUCUCCCCUUACCGCGCCCACGGUCUUGCCACAGCCGCCCUCGCCGAUCUCCUCCGUGCCGCCGCCGCCGCCGCCACGAACCACAGUAGCAGCACCCCGUCCAUCCGCCUCGUCUACGCUCACGUCUGGACCGAAAACGACGACGGCCUCCGCUGGUACGCCGCCCGAGGCUUCAUCCGCGACCCCCACCCUCAAGAACACUACUACUUCAAGCUCCGCCCAGACACCGCGUACAUCGUCCGCCGCGACAUCUCUCCUCUAUCCUCUUCCCCGUCUCCUCCUCUCCGAAUGGGCAAUAACGCGAGCACUCCCUCGGCCCCCGCCGGCGCCGCAGGCAUCCCCCCGAGUGCUACCGCCAGCGCCGCCAACCUGCCUCCCAUUUCCGGACCGCCAACCUCGCGCGCUGCGUCGUCAUUAUCAUCACCGUCAUCCUCAUCGCUGCCACCAGCACCACCACCGCCGCCAUUGUCAUCGCAACAAGAACGUCAACAAGUUAGACCGACCCUGUCCACGUCGUCCUCUCUGACGAAAACACAUUCGGCUCAGGGGGAGUCAUUCCAGAACAAGCGCGCAGAGACGGAAUGGAACGACCUGCCCCUGGAUAUGGUGACGCCGAACGGCCUGCUGGCGCCUCAUACGUCGGGUACAAACGGAAAUGUCUCUGAGGCGAGCUCCAUGAGUAGUAGUACGACGACGCGCAAAAAGAAAGAGAGACGAGCCUAUCCUUCUGCGGCAUUUGGCAAUUGA